UCCGUAGAUAGCCGCAAUCCUGGAUGUGGCACGCUGUAUAACGUCCAGACGGCGCGGCGGAUGCGUGUCUUUCGGGGUGUUGGAUUUCGCACGUUCUAUUCCGAUCCAAGUUUCAUUUCCCUUUUCAAGGGCAGCAUAAAACCUCUCGUCAUUAACCUUUUGACAUUUUGCUUCAUAAGCAUUAUUGGAGGUAAAUUUGGUCGCCUAUGAUAUGCGACUCAUGCUUCCAAUCUGAACAUGCCUCCACAGCUCACGGGCCGGCCGUGUGCGGCUCAGAUUUACUACGUGCACGCUAGAUGUGUAAUUACUCGUCUUCACUUCUCUACACGGCGAGCAGCGGUGUGGCAGGCAGGCACAGAAUUGGCCCUGGAAGGAGGUGGCGCUCUAACCCAACCGCUCUAAUCAGAGGCUCUUGAUUUGCAUACUUGGUUAAUUAAUUGUCUGGGGGAAUUUCCGUUAAGGACGUCACCUUGAUGGCUCGUGGAAGGCAAGCAUACGCAUGCCACUGCGCAUGACUAGCUGGUAAUUAUUAUUCAUCAUCAUGUGUUGUUCAUCAUCGCGUGGAUGGUAAGGGUUCCGCGUGUGCGCGUGUUAUCACUGGCUGUGGCCCCAGGGGCGAUUUAUUUUGAUCUGAUUUAAAAGAAAUAACUCCAACACACGUAAAGUGACAUCGAAGAGUGAUCUGUCGGUGAUGUAGCAGCCAGCAGAGCAAUGUCAACUAUGUCUGCACAAAAAAACCAAGGCGCCAAAAAACCGAUAGACGAGCUUUCAGAAGCCCAAAUUGCAGAAUUCAGACAGGCCUUCUCAAUAUUUGACAAAGAUGGGGACGGCACCAUCACACACAAGGAGCUAGCCACAGUCAUGAGGUCUCUGGGUCAGAACCCUUCCGAGGCAGAGCUGCAAGACAUGAUCAACGAGGCAGAUCAAGACGGCAAUGGGACGAUAGACUUUACUGAAUUCGUCAGCAUGAUGGGACAGAAAAUGAAAGAGCUGGACACCGAGGAGGAGAUACGAGAGGCCUUCAGAGUAUUCGACAAGGACGGAAAUGGAUUCAUCAGUGCCGAUGAGCUUCGUCACGUGAUGCUGAGUUUGGACGAGAAAGUUGACAAGCAAGAGGUGGAGGAGAUGAUACGGGAUGCCGAUGUGGAUGGCGAUGGACAGGUCAAUUACGAAGAAUUUGUCGCCAUGAUGAGCUCGGACAAAUAAAGGAUCUUGGGGAAAGCAUGAUGGAACCACUUGUGCCUCCGACUACACGCUGUCAGUUUCCUCUUCUGCACAAUAAUGUUAAUCCCUCGACAUCAGGACUCGCGCUUAUUUGCACGACCAAUUUCUUAAAACAAUUUAUUGCAAGUUUGACAUGAAGUCGGCAGAUAAUUUCUUCAGGAGUUGAUUUGCAAUGUAUAAGAUGCACAGUUGAAAAUGCGCACUUAAAAAUUAAAACAACUCAGUUCUUCUUUUUCCCUGACUAACACGUAUUUACGUGAGCCAAAUGUACAAAUAUUUCUGUGAACGAAGUAAAACACCAAGUCCAGGCAUGGGAUGUGCAUCGUAUUCAACGGCAGUUGUCUCAAAAGAUCGAUCGUGCAUCGACACGUUCGAUUUUAAACCUGAUUGCAUUGCCUUUAUUAAGGAACUGAACAUGAAGUCAUGAAACGUCUGUGUAUAUUUAAGUGCAAUAUGUUGUUUGUACAUGUACUACACUAAAGUAGCAAGGAAAACUUAUAUAAUGUACAAAAUAUUUAGCAUAGUUAUCGGUUUCGUAGACAGUGUUACUGUGGUGGAAGAAAAAAUGGCUAUACACAUUCUAAACGGCAGACUGCAAGAUUGUGUUGUAUAAAGUGUAUUUUGACCACCAGAGUUAGAAACCGUUUCUGCGGUGGCACGACACUCGUGGACAGGUGGUACGUGCGCGUUACAUGCCUCGUUGACCAACAUUGUGUAGUGAUUUGCAAAACGCACGUGAGCGUCAAGCCAAAGAAUAUGUUAUGUGUGUGAGUACGGUGCCACCACAGUUAUGGCUUCUAAUCGGAUUAGUCUUUGGUCGUGUCUGAAACGGGCUUCCAGAGCCAAGCUUUAGGUCUUUCGUCUGCGCGUCUCCGCAUAUUUCCAGUGGAGCGAAGACCUAGAUCGAUUCCAACAACUACCAGGGCUGAAAACAAAGUCAAAGUGACACGGUGAAACUAUGAAAUGAAGUGUCGGUUAACGACGGUAUAAUUUGCAUCAUUUAUGUUUAUUAUUGAUGCUCAGUAUCCAGUAUCAAGUUUCAGUGUGUUUGUGUCAAUUGGCUCGUGUUGCAUCAUUGGUAUUCUGAAGUGCUUGUCAAGCAGGGGAAAUACAAUUAACGAAGUGUUUGUGUUGAAUGUGAUAUCCUAUUUACAUGUUUAUUCAUUUGCACUCUCCCACUGCGCACUGUUUCACUGCGAAUAAUGAAGCAUCCAUUUGAAAUCAUCUCACGAUAUGUUAUCUCAACGCGAAAGCCCAAUCUUAAAUAUUUAUAAUUUAGAGUGUGUCUCUACAAGAUUUCGGAUGGUAUUUUCAUAUACGUUAUUGAAUAAAUUACACAUUAAUUAAACGAUUCUCUUUAUUUCCCGAGCCCGGGCCGGUCCGGAGGGUUACUGUGGAGACUGGAGAGCGCCUCAUGCACCUACGUUGAAGUGAGGAAACGUUAUGUCUCGACAAGUGUUCCCGUACGUUGCGGGUUUCACAGGCUGAAAAAUCUUAAACCGAAUUGCCAUUUUUGUCACAGUGUUGGAAGAAACAUUGUAAUGAAUGAUUUCAUGUAAUCUUAUUUAAAGAACUUUUGCGAGUUGAAUUUCAAAUCUGGUAACUGAGUUCUUUAAAUUCACGUGAACUGAACAAUUUGAAUUCCCCAGACUGAAGACGAUGUUAUUUUGCUUAUGGUUGCUUUAAUAGUCCCAGCAAGAUGUGGGAUCAGGAGGGGUAGCCCCCACCCUUAUAUGUCAAAUCCCUGUACACAUUCUAGAUUAUUGUUACCUAAAACAUCCGCCCAAGAUGUCUGUAAAGAAUUCCUGAAAUUCCGAUCAAACAAUGACCAACGCAAAGGUGUGGGUGUGUGGGGGGGAUGCUGUUCGUCCCAUAUCUUGCCUCAUAUUAUGUAGUUGCUGAUCCCCGUAACUCCGGGAAAGCUUUUGCAUGACGACCACCAUCUCUGGAAUGGACCGGUUCCUUUGCGCCCUUCUUAUCCAUCGAAAACAGUAUACUGGCGUGCAAGGCCUCUAUUAUGUAACCAAGUAAAAGCUUCCUCCAAAUCGCAAGGUGUAGCAACAGUGUCUUAAGUGUGGAGAGAUUCAAAUAUGUUCACGUGAAUUAAAAGCACUCAUUGUACCAGAUUUUCUUCAAAUUUAUCUAAGAAAGGGCUUAUUAUUUGAACAUUAAUGCUUGGCAGUUUGGAAGCAUAGGCGAAUAUUCACUGCAAUUAGUGCCAAGUGCUUUUGCGCUGGAAAUUUCGGUAUUAUUCAAAAAGAAUUAUAGACUGUUCUGAAGGUUUCAGCUCAGCGGGCUUACAGAAAGUUUUUAUCAGAACCUGCACAUACGAAACUGAAACAUGUAUAACUGUCAUAAAUCUCAGAUAAACGCCUUUCGGUUUUGGGGUAUUAUUUGUGUCUCUGUGAAUGGUCCUCGAUAUUACAGUAAUUGCGAUAAUACUCUGUUAAUUUUUUUAAUUAUUAUGUCUCAAUGUGGAUACUGAGUUAGCCCUAAAAAAGCCGCAACGGAAUCCACUCUCCGCAAUAUUUGUCCUAAUAUCGUCGAAGUGCACGUUGUUUAACGCAAUGAGCCUGCAGGAUUUUUUUAAAUAAUUUCUUGUGGUUAUUUUACAUCGAUGUUUAUAAAUAUCGUUCUCGCAUGGCGUCCGUUUUUCUUGGACCUAUGUAGGCCUCUAUACAUGUGCUUUGUUUUCAAUGACGGACUCACAGCACCAAGGCUGGAACGAGUGUGGCCUUUGAACUUCAAAUGACCGUAAUGACAAAUAACAUAUAUUGAUUGAGAUGAAACUUGGAUUUUCUUUAGUGAUAAUGACUAUUCCAACAUCCAUGACAAGCUAAGAAACUUAGGCAAAGGACAACCGAGUUGGGGGGGGGGCAGAAUCCACCUCCCUCCAGUUGUGGUCCAAAAAUAACCCGGCUCUUUAGGGUUGAAUUCAUUCGAAUAUGGCACUAUCAAGGCGUUUAUUUUUCACUUAACAUGCUGUAUAACCUGCAAAAUAAGUACUCAGUACAUAAAAAGCGCUUUGUACAUCCGUUUAGAGUGAUUUACUA